UGAUUUCAAUUGGUGGUUUCAUUUUGCUUAACAGACGAAAGAUGACUUCAACAGAGCAAGAUAAGCCAACUUGGUGUAAGCCGUUUCCAGUUAUUGGAAAGGGUACUUUUCUUUUUAACGUUUCACGAAACCGACCAUUUCGUAUCAUCGUUCGAGACUUAGUACCAAACUCGCAGAUCGAUACAUCCUUCAUUGAGAUGAAAGUAGGGUAUGAGGAAGCCAUUCUCACUUGCAAGACGGAUAAUCAUAAUUUUGUGUAUCCUUCAAAGAAACCUCACCCCUUUUUUGGAAACAAUAUUGGUAUCGAGAAGGAUCUGUUUUGUACGUAUUGGCUCAGCUACGAUAGCGACCGCAUGAUCGUGAAGUACGGAAAGGGUUACAGAAUGAACAUGACCACGAUUCUGAAUGAAAAUGUCUACCUUGUGAAAGAAAGUCUGCGAAAAAUCAUAAAAGAUGCAUUCUUCAACCCUACAGUCCAUCGAAAUGUAGAGCUGUAUGAUGAAGUUGAUGUUACGUACUCCAUGAUGGAUGUCGAAACGGUUGUUGACUUCGAUCAUCUGCCAUUCGUCUCCGACCGUCCUCCAAUUGCAGUAGACAGUUCAAUGCUCAAUAUGUUCGAUCUAGAUGAAGGUCGUUUCACUUAUUCUGCCAGUCUUCCGAAAGAAUGUUUAGAGCUGUACACAAAUGUAACUGCAAAGAAUGUUGAUCUUGCAUUAAUGGAAGACGACUCUUGUCCAGACUUCAAUCUGGUUGACGCCAUCCGAAAUAGCAUUCGGACACCAGACGCUCUUCUACACGGAAUUCUUAAAAGCAAAGAAGGAGAGUUUGGCAAGUCGGAUCCUAGACAGACAUACCUCCGUAUCACUUUGGGUCAUGAGUUUGGGAAUUCACCCGGCGUGCCUUACGUACUGGAGAUCUGGCCAAGUGACCAUGGUAGCCCGAUACAUAAUCACGGAAAUUCAUAUGGAGUAAUUCGCGUUUUACAUGGUGGAUUGACCAUAAACGUGUAUAACAAGACUUCACAAGUAAAACAAUCGACGACUUACACGCCCGAUGAUCAAGACUACAUGUUCGACUUUAAUGUAAAGAAAGAUGACGUCACAUGGAUAUCGCCAAAUUGGUACCAAACACACAAGCUCUGGAAUAACACGGACGACUUCUGCGCCACCAUUCAGUGCUACAAAUACGGGGAGAAUGACAACACGCAUUGGCCAUACUUCGAUUAUGUAGCUAGUUGCAACGUAAUGGACGAGUUCGAGCCUAAUUCUGAUCUAACAUUUACAGAACUGUUCAAUAAACUAAAAGACGAGUUUCUCUCAUCAAAAUCUAAGUAAAUUAAUUAUCGUCAAACAUAUCCAAAUUAUGAAAGUAAUAAAAGUAAUAAUUUUGUAAAAGCCCAUAAAAAUGUUACGGUACUGUAUACUUUCAUGAUAUAUUCCUGUAAAUUGCUAGCUAUUUGUGGCAAACAUGAUUAUUAUUUUAGGAAAUAUAUUACCGGUAUAUUAUUAUUGGUACUUAAGAUGAAAUUGACCAAAAUGGUUCCAGAAUAUACCAGUAUUAAAGUC